GAUGUCACGGAGCCAAGGCCUCUCUAGGUUACAGCACUCCUCUCUACCAUGAUCAACACUUACCAGACCAGCAUGGCUCCACCGCCGGUGCCUCCGCGCCUCGGCGCGUCCCAGCCGGUCCUCAUCCCGGCUCCACUUCCAUCGCGAGGCCACAGCAAGUCCCUCGUCCGGUUUAUGGUUGCUGUAGUGUUGCUGCAUUUAUUUCUGUCGGUCGGAGGAUUCAUCUACCUGUACUACAAAGACAAAAUGCUUUCAUUUCAGGUUCCCUCAGGUGAUGGAAAAGCUGCUUAUAUCUCAUCAGAGAAGCAGGAAACUUCUGAAAAACCCUUGGCACGCAUGGUAGUUGAGCAGAAAUCACACACAUCAGAUCAGAAAUCUGAACUGGGUUAUCUCCAGUGGGACAUGAGCCACUCAGUCCUUAGGAACAUCAGACCCUACUACAACAGUAGGCUGACUAUCCUGCAGCCUGGUGACUACUACGUCUACUCCAGGGUGACCUUCUCCAAAGGCGACUCUAAGCGCCCACUGGUCAGCAGGGUGAAGCUGAGGGAUAAUGAGACAGGAAAGGAGAAGGUGGUGAUGCAGGCCUAUUGCAACCUGAACGACAGAGAUUCAUCCAUCCCUCGCCUCUGCACGGCCACACAGGGAGAGUUGAUCACACUGGAGAAAGGAAACCAGCUAAGCCUUUGGGUACAGGACCUUUCACUGGUGAACUACGAGGAAGGAGCCACAACCUUUGGGAUGUACAAACUGUAGGACUUCUAUGUGAACACAUGUGUGGACCUAAGCUAAAAAGUGGGAACUCAUUAAGUGGAUCUACUUGGAUUUAAAGCUUCUGAGAACACUGUUAAAUAGACUGGAUUUCUGAUCUUUUUCAUGGAUUUCAGAGACAACACUCCUAAAGUAUAAUAUAUUAUUAAAUCAGAAAUAGUACGUGGAUUUUUUUAUGGCAGUAUUGUGAAUGGCUGUUCUGUAUUUAUUGAUGUAAAUUGAGUUUGUAUUGCUGUGAAAUGAAACUUUGAUAUUUAAUCACUUUGUCUUGCGUCUGCUCUAUUUCAUGAGCUAGUUACACAUAUAGUCGACUGAAACGUCCAGACUACAAAAAGCACCAUGUGUGCAUGUCCCGGUAUGGAGCGUAUCUGCAUGAUAAUGCAGCAUAUUUUAAAUGGUGUAAAGGAAAGAUGUGCAGGCAAAAAAAGGUUUAAGUCGUAAAAAAGAAAAUCAUUGAGAUGUUUGAUGAAUCACAAUUACUAAUACCGAGAUUAGUCACCAGUAAACACAGCAAAGACUACCACUACUCAUCUGACAUACCCAAAAUUAUCCUCCAUAGACUCAAAUAAUCUUUUACCACAUUUGCUGUACAGCACAAAACCAUGCUGCAAUGGUUUUCAAUUUCUAGGACGCAGGAAACCACAUAGCAAUGAUGUAUUUUCUGCAAACAUGACCACCCAAGAUGUAGGUUACCAAUUGAGAGGUGGUAACUGGACUCAGUACUAACGGUCAUUUUGAUGUA